GUUUACCUCAUUUCAAACCCGGAAGUGAGAGACACCGUUGGUCCACAAGUGCCGUCGCACCGUGUCCUGCCUUUUUUAUCCGUGCAGUAUUGAUCCGUAAGUUGUGGCGUAGCAUCGUUGCACGUGAAGUUGUUUAAAGAACGGCCUGCUGUCAUUUGUUUGGAUCACCUGGAUGUUGAGUGCGCGGGCUCUGCUUGGGAUCGGCUUCCUGGUGACCUCAAGGGCCGCGUCCGUCCUCGCUCAGACGGGGACAUGUGCGCUGUCUGCUGCAGCUAACAACCACAAGAAGGACUGUUUCACUAGCAGACCAGCAUCCACCAUGGCCAAGACCAUCAAAUACCUUGGGCAGGAGGAGGCUCAGCACAUUGAUGAGGAGCUCUUCAGUGAGUACGGCUUCAGUGUGGACCAGCUGAUGGAGCUGGCUGGACUCAGCUGUGCCACGGCCAUCGCCAGGGCUUAUCCAAUCACCUCCCUGGUCAAAGCCAGACCUUCUCUGCUGGUGAUUUGUGGACCUGGUAACAACGGAGGUGACGGCCUGGUCUGUGCACGCCAUCUUAAACUCUUUGGUUACGAGCCCACCAUCUUGUACCCGAAGAGGCCAAACAAGCCUCUGUUCCAGGGCCUGACCACGCAGUGCCAGAAAAUGGAGAUCCCCUUCCUGACUGAGAUGCCUGAGGCCGCAGUGAUCGACGAGGCUUACAACCUGGUGAUAGACGCCAUUUUCGGCUUCAGCUUCAAGGGCGAGGUGCGAGAGCCUUUUGGGUCCAUCCUGGACUUGCUGAAGAAGAUGACGGUCCCCGUCGCGAGCAUCGACAUCCCCUCAGGUUGGGAUGUGGAGCAAGGCAGCGCAGACGGACUGCAGCCCGACAUGCUCAUCUCCCUCACUGCUCCCAAGAAGUCCGCCCGCUUCUUCAGAGGACGAUACCACUUCCUGGGAGGCCGCUUUGUGCCACCGGGCCUGGAGAGGAAGUACCAGCUCAACCUGCCCCAGUACCCCGGCCUGGACUGUGUGUUAAAGCUGUAGAUGAGGACGCGCUGAGGAGGAGAGUCGCCCGGGAGCUUUUAACGCUCACCAGUUAACACGUAGCUGGUUUGCGGUUACUUUGACCCUCACAGAUAUGUAAACGUGUGUAUCUUCUCAUGUUGUGGUGUUCUAACUCCAGCAUGAGGACGGUGUCUUGUCGAACCUUUGGAGACAAAUCAAAUAAAUGAAAAUAAUUUAAUGGC